AACCCUAAUAAGCUAUAUACCCCCGGGUAGGGUGGGGCGGCGGCGCCGCCGACGCGAACUCUCUCUCGCCCCUCCACCUCCGUUGUUCCAGACGAAAAGGGAAUGGCACCGGCAGGAUUGGAUUUGUACUUGCCCCCCAAUCCGAAUAAAACUCUUGUUUGCAGUCUGGCUGGAUUCCCAAUCUCAGACAAAUCUCCUAUCCCCUAUUCCCCUCCCUCAAAUAAACAGUCCUCCUUCACUAGCCGAAGGAGACGCCGGAGCCGGAGGCGGAGGCUGGAGGGGAUUUGAAGCAGGCAGGAAGAGACCGCCGUGCCGUGGGUCUGGAUUUUGAUUGAAAUUCCACUGGAGGGAGGGAGAGAGAUCUAGGUCUAGGUAGGCACGGGGCUUGUGGAUCUCAUGUACCACAUGUCCAUGGAGCGGCAGCCGGACCGCCGGCGACGGCAAGCUCAAGCCACUAAUGGAUUGGUUGCUUCACAGGCCAAAACAAAUGUCUUGCCCUGUCAGCAAGAUGAUGAUUCUCAGGGUGGUGAGCGUGACAUACAGAUACCAAACCUUCCAGAGGACAUCUGGUGUCAUAUACAUUCCCUGAUGCCAAUGCGAGAUGCUGCCCGAGCCGCGUGUGUCUCUCAUGCUUUUCUACGAUCCUGGAGGUGCCAUCCAAACCUCAUUUUCUGCGGUACAAUAUUGGGUAUGAAGAAAAAGGCUUAUGGAAAUGAUGAUGAAAUUGCCAGAGACUUUUGUAGCAAGGUUGACCACAUCCUGAAAAAACACUCGGGCAUUGGUGUCAAGAAACUUGUGAUUGACAUGUGUGGAUGUUAUGCUGCCAAUGAUUCUUGUUAUAUCAACAGUUGGCUUCUGACUGCUGUUACACCAGGAAUUGAAGAACUUUUACUUGCACUGCCAGUGGGGGCAACAUACAAAUUCCCAUGCUCACUUUUGUCUAAUGGGAGAGACUCAAUCCGGUAUCUCCUACUUUCUGGUUGCUCCUUGCAACCCACAGCUGAACUUCCUUGGUUAAAAAGAUUGACAAAAGUGGAGCUUCAUGCUCUCUGUUUUACGAAGGAUGAGUUAGGGUGCCUUCUAUGCAAUUCUUUUGCUUUGGAGCGGUUGGUAAUCAGGCACUGUGAUGAGAUAGAUUGCUUGAAGAUCCCUUGCGUGCUGCAGCAGCUCAGGUACCUAGACGUUAUUUGCUGUGACGAUCUGCAAGUGAUAGACAACAAAGCUCCAAAUAUAUCCAGCUUCUUCUACUGCGGAGGUUGCAUUCAACUGUCACUUGGAGACACAUUGAAAAUGGAGUACAUACACUUGAUGUUCUCAGGUGCACUUAAUUAUGCUUGUGUUGAACUUCCAUCCAGCAUGCCAAACCUCAAAAUUGCUACUAUACAAUCGAGAAGUGAGAUGGUAAAUACGCCAGUGCUGCGCAGCAAGUUUCUCCACCUCAAGAAGCUAACUAUUUCUCUUAGCGCACCGACCUUUUCUCCGGCCUAUGAUUAUUUUUCUCUAGUUUCCUUGGUUGGCGCUUGCCCCUCCUUGGAGACACUGGUCUUGAAUGUAUCCCAGGAGAAAAUGGAGCAUGUCUCCAUAUUCACAGAUCCCUCGGAUCUGAGGAAGAUGCAAGGACAGCAGCAUCACAAGAUGAAGAGAGUGACGAUCCAAGGAUUCACAUCUGCAAAGAGUCUUGUCGAGCUUACUUGCCAUUUUGUUGAGAGCAUAACAUCACUUGAACACCUUACCCUGGAAGCCUUUCAGAGUAGUAUAAGGUGUUCUAUGCCUGCUCGCAAACGUCGCAAGUGCUUCCCACUGCCCAUUGAUGUUCUCAGGGAAGCUCAACGAGGACUCUUGGCCAUCAGGACAUACAUUGAGCCUAAAGUUCCUUCCAUGGUAAAGCUACGUGUUAUUGAACCUUGCUGCCGAUGCCAUGCUGUUGUUGAACUUUAGAUGUGUAACUCAUUACUCAAGUUUUGUUAUCUAGUCUUUGGUGUCAUUAGUUCUUCAAGUUCAAGCUAUCAAGAAGUGUCCAUUUUGUAGCACUAGUACUUGAGAGCGCCUGUGCUGCGGUUUCUAGUUAACUGUAUCGUUUAAGUCGCGUCCAGCGUUGGGGGCAGGCACUUUUUUUGAGGAGGGAGGGGUGAGUGGAUUUAGGAAGUUGAUUUUUUUUUUUUUUCCGGGAGCGAUUCACCGUGCCCAGGCGAUAUUUUUGGAGUGGAGGCUUCCCACGGCCAGGUAAUAACUGCAAGCGGAGGCGAGCAAUGGCAGGCUGUGGACGAUUGAUGAGUAAAUUUUUUAGAUGUAGAGAAGAGAAAUGACCUUGUGCU